AUGAAACUCGACCUAGGGGGAGGGGAAGAAAAGGGAGCCCCCGCCCCUACCUCGGGGCGCAGCCCGGGACGAGUGUAAAUACAAAGCUCAACUCAGUGGAUCCACUUGGUCUAUGCCCCACCUCAAGGAUCCCGGGUGCCCGGCGGGUUCCCAGCCCCCCGACUUCAUCCGAGGGGACAGAGGAGGCAAGACCACCAGACUGCGGCGCUGAGUCUCCGAGGCGGCCCGGCCCCGGCGAGCGGAGAAGUUCAAGCGCCGGUGCGGUUCGCAGCCGGGCCGGCGGGACAGCGGACGCCGAGUGUGGACGCGCCCCGAAGGCGCUGCGCUCCCCAAGGCGUCGCGUCCGCGGCUGCGGGAGGCUCGCGGCCAGCAUGGCCCCCACGCUGCAGCAGGCGCACCGGAGGCGCUGGUGGAUGGCCUGCACGGCGGUGCUGGAGAACCUCUUCUUCUCGGCUGUGCUCCUGGGCUGGGGCUCCCUGCUGAUCAUGCUCAAGGAGGAGGGCUUCUAUUCCAUCAUGUGCUCAGCUGAGAACACCACCAACGUCACACAGGAAGAGCAGCGCAAGUGGCUGAGCUGUGACGGCCAGGAAGAGAUGCUCAACCUGGGCUUCACCAUCGGCUCCUUUGUGCUCAGCGCCACCACCCUGCCGCUGGGGAUCCUCAUGGACCGCUUCGGGCCCCGGCCCACGCGGCUGGUCGGCAGCGCCAGCUUCGCUGCGUCCUGCGCCCUCAUGGCCCUGGCCUCUCGGGACACCAGAGUUCUGUCUCCGUUGAUAUUCCUGGCGCUGUCCCUGAAUGGCUUUGGUGGCAUCUGCCUAACGUUCUCUUCACUCACGCUGCCCAACAUGUUUGGGAACCUGCGGUCCACGUUCAUGGCUCUCAUGAUUGGCUCCUACGCUUCUUCUGCCAUCACGUUCCCGGGAAUCAAGCUGAUCUACGACGCUGGCGUGUCCUUCAUGGUCAUCAUGUUCACCUGGUCCGGCCUGGCCUGUCUCAUCUUUCUGAACUGUGCCCUCAACUGGCCCGGCGAAGCCUUUCCUGCUCCUGAGGAAGUCAACUACACGAAGAAGAUCAAGCUCAGCGGGUUGGCCCUUGAUCACAAGGUGACAGGCGACCGCUUCUACACCCACGUGACCAUCGUGGGCCAGCGGCUGAGCCAGAAGGCCCCCAGCCUGGAGGAGGGAGCUGACGUCUUCAUCUCAUCCCAGGAUGUGCGUGGUGCCUCAGAAAGCCGUCCUGAGAAGUCCGUCCCCUUCCGCCAGAGCCUCUGCUCCCCCAUCUUCCUGUGGAGCCUCCUCACCAUGGGCAUGACCCAGUUGCGGGUCAUCUUCUACAUGGCGGCCAUGAACAAGAUGCUGGAGUACCUCGUGACGGGGGGCCAGGAGCACGAGAUGGACAUCCUGAGAAAAAAGGCGGCAGAGACAGUUGGGUUCUACUCCUCCAUCUUCGGGGCCAUGCAGCUGUUGUGCCUUCUCACCUGCCCUCUCAUCGGCUACGUCAUGGACUGGCGGAUCAAGGACUGUGUGGAUGCCCCCAGUGAGGGCACCGCCCUCGGAGACGCCAGGGAUGGUGUGGCCACCAAGUCUGCCAGACCUCGCUACCGCAAGAUUCAGAAGCUCACCAAUGCCAUCAACGCCUUCACCCUGACCAACUUCCUGCUGGUGGGGUUUGGCAUCACCUGCCUUAUCAGCAACUUACACCUCCAGUUUGUGACCUUCGUCCUGCACACCAUGGUUCGGGGUUUCUACCACUCAGCCUGUGGCAGCCUCUACGCUGCAGUGUUCCCCUCCAACCACUUCGGGACGCUGACGGGCCUGCAGUCCCUCAUCAGUGCUGUGUUUGCCCUGCUCCAGCAGCCACUUUUCAUGGCCAUGGUGGGACCCUUGAAAGGAGAGCCCUUCUGGGUGAAUCUGGGUCUCCUGCUCUUCUCGCUCCUGGGCUUCCUGCUACCUUCCUACCUCUUCUACUACCGUGCCCGGCUCCAGAGGGAGUGCGCCACCUACUGGGGGGGCCCUAAGAAGGUGCUUGGCAGCUCUGAGGUGACCGCGUAGACCUCUUGAAGCCAAGGGACCUGGGCGACAGGCAGCCCAGGCCUGAGCAACCAAAGGGAAUGCCUCGUGUGGCUUUUCUACCUGUAACAUACGCACAGAGCUGGGCCGUGGAUUUAUAAAUACCAAGAGAAGUUCUAUUUUUGUAGGGACUUGCUAAAAGGAAAAAAAAAAAAAAACACCUAAAAAAAAAAAAUUUCCCCAAAGCAAUGCUCCAUUGACUGAAGACAGCCCCUGUGCUAGAAGGAUUGGGCCUUCUUCCUUCUCAGACUGGCGGAGACCAGGAUGUGGGGCUGCCCUUUCUCUGGGCCUUCAUCCUAGGGGUCUGCCUCCUGGUGCCUCCCAGGGGCUUGUGGGAUCAACAAACAGGCGAACAGGCUACCCCUAGGGUUCCAGCUAUGCAAUGCCCAGAGCGUGCGUGUGUACGUGUGUGCGUGUGCGUGUGUGGGCGUGUGUGUAUGAAACAACCUUCCCCUCAGGGGAAAGGGGCCUGAGGUGCUCGCUGUGUCUUGGAUGGGGUUUUGGGGGGUAAGCCCCUUCCAGGGGCCGGAGGGCGGGUUCCCUCCCUGGUACUGCUUUUUGCAGGUCUUAGAGGAAAAAUAAAAAGGGAAGUGAGAGACUA